AUGCCUUACUCCGAGAAACCUCCAAUGUUAGAAAGAGAAGAAUUUAUCGAUUGGAAGAUUUUCGUGCAUCUGCAUUUGACAACUAUGGAUGAUGAAAUGAUGUUUAUCCUAUCCGACGGUCCGAUAAAGAUCAACAAGGAAAGAAGCAAAUGGACAGCGGAUGACCGAAGGAGGAACAACCUGGACAAUCUCUACAGGUGUUCCAUCUAUAAAACAUUGGAUAGAAAUACCUUUGCAAAAAUCAGAGAAUGUUUCACAACUAAAGAAGUGUGGGAGAAAAUCAUUCAACUUCAUGAAGGGAAUGAGAGAACCAAAGAAAACAAGAUAUUGGUGGCCACUCAAAAGUUUGAAAAUAUUAUGAUGCGUUCCAGUGAAACCAUGAAGGAAUUUGGUGACCGAUUCACAAGUGUGGUAAAUGAACUCUCACUCCUUGGAAAGAAAUAUGACAACAAGGAAAUAAUUAUCAAGGCUCUAAGAUCACUUCCAAGCGCAUGGGACAUUAAGACCAUGGUGAUGAGAGAAUCAAACAGUCUUGGUAAGAUGAAGCUGCAUGACAUCCUCGAAGAUCUGAGAGCUUAUGAGUUCGAAAUGAAAUCCAGAUAUGAAGAUGAAGCCUCAGCAUCAACCGCUACCAGAGUUCUAGUAACAUCAGUGGAACCGGCAGCUCCUGUACAUGUCAAAUCGGCUGAACAGUUUAGUGAAGAUACUAUGGCCAUGCUAGCUAAGAAGUUUGAAAAGUUCAUGAAGAAGAACCAACCAACCAAUUCAUACAACUACAACUACCUUAACGGUAAUAAGUCUAACGUUCGUUGUUAUAAUUGUGAUGCUUUAGGUCAUUACAGGUCGGAGUGCCAGAAGCCACUAAGAGACAAUAGAAAACCGAAUGAUCAAAGGGAAGAACACCAGUCAAACAAUCAAGGCAAGGAGAUCCAAAAGGCCUUGAUAGAUGAUGAUGAUGGAAGUCAGUGGGCACAUACCGAUUCGGACAGCGAUGAUGAAGGAAUCAAUUGUCUUAUGGAAAAUGAAGAAGAGAUCGGUGAACCGAGCAAAACUCAAAUCGGUGAACUGAGUGAAAUUCAGACCGGUGGACCAAUUGAACUAUCCUUUGAGAAUGAGAAGCUCAAGGAGACAGUUCAAUCGUUGAUCGAAGAAAAUGAACGAACUAAAUACGCGAUGGAUGUGUGGAAGAGAUCUAGAGACGUUGUGAGCCAGAUGACGAGUCAUCUAAGACCAUAUAACUGUAAAUUCGGUCUAGGCUAUGACAACAGAAAUCCCGAUAAAUCUAAAUCUUCCAACCGCUAA